UCUUCUCAUUACCGAAUGGUCCAGAGUUUUGUCUUCACCAUUGAAGAAAUCAAUAAGAACCCCAAGCUUCUUCCCAAUUUCACUCUGGGCUUCUCCAUCUGGGACUCUGGGAGCUCGGAACUGGGGGCCUUGUGGGGGACGAUGGCCCUGGUAACCGGCCAGGGGUGCCUCAUCCCCAAUUAUGCUUGUGCUCCCCCUGAGUCCCACCUGGCCGCUAUCCUUGGAGAGGAUCGCUCUGCCCUCUCCAUCCCCAUGGCCAUGUGGCUGGGCCUCUACCGGACUCCCCAGGUGAGCUACGGCUCCACCGCAUCAGUCCUCAGCAACAAGAGGCGCUUCCCCUCCUUCCUUCGCACUCUGCCUCCCGAUGAAGCCCGGGCCCGUGGAAUGGCACGCCUGGCAGCCCACCUGGACGUCUACGCAGUGGGGCUUGUGGCCCAGGAUGACGACUAUGGGCAGCAUGGGAAGCAGGCCCUGCAGUCAGAGUUGGAGGCAGCGGGCCUGUGCGUGCACGUGACGGCCGAGCUGCCCAGCUCCCCAAACGGGAAGAAACUGUGGGAGGUGGUCCACCUCCUGGCUGUGGCCAAGCCCCUGGUCCUGCUGGUCUUCUCCCGAGCCCAGGAGCUUCUGCUGCUGGCUGCAGAGCUGCACGAGGCACACCCCGGCCGCCUCUGGAUCUGCAGCGAAGUCUGGGACCCGGCAGCAGUGGCGGCGCUGCUGCCCCAGCCGGCCGGACGCCAGGCCCUCCGUGGGGCCCUCGCCUUCUCGGGCCACCGUGGCCGUAUCCCUGGCUUUGCUGAUUUCCUGGGGCGCUUGCACCCGUCUCAGGGCUCUGAGGACCCGUUCCUGGUGCCCUUCUGGGAGGAGACCUUCCGUUGCCGCUGGAUUCACAACUCCUCCUCCCCCAGGGGCAGAGGAAGGGCCCCGGGGGGGCUCCUGCGGGGCCAGAGAGGGGGGCACGCAUCUGAGGCCGAGUCCUGCACUGGCCAGGAGAGGCUGGCGGGCCGGGCCCUGCCCUUUCUGGAUAUGAGUGACCUGAGUGUGACCUACGCGGUGGCCAAUGCGGUGUCCUGCGUGGCCCACGCGCUGCACGACAUGGCCUUGUGCGAGGCCGGCGACGGGCCCUUUGGGGAUGGUCGAUGUGCCGACAUGCCCAAGUUCCAGCCCUGGCAGCUCCUGCAUUACCUGAGGAGAGUGAGAUUCCGGAACAGCCAUGGGGAAGAGGUGGCCUUUGACGUCCAUGGAGACCCUCCAGCUCUUUACGACAUCAUGAGAUGGCAGCCUGGCCCCUGGGGCUCUGCCCCCUUCCAGGAAAUCGCCACAUUCCAUGGCACGGCAUCCCAGGAACUCCAGCUGCGGGUGAACGCGAGUGGGCUCACUUUGGAAUGGAAGGCGGAGCAGCUACAGAACUCCUCUACGUGCCCAGAGACCUGCCCUCGUGGAACGUGGAGGACCUCCAAGAGUGGCCAGGCAAGCUGCUGUUUCGCUUGUGCCCAGUGCCCUGAAGGCCAAGUGUCUGAACACAAAGCAGAUGCUACCACAUGCGAGAGGUGCCCUGAUGACAGCCUAUGGCCCAGUCCAUCAAGGGAUCGAUGUGAGCUGCAGCCUGAUGUCUUCCUCCAGUUUGGGGAUCCCCUUGGGGCUGUGCUGGCCUCCCUUGGAGUCUGGCUGUCUCUGGUCACAGGUGUAGUGCUGCUGGUCUUUGUGCGCCACCGUCACACUCCCCUGGUGCGAGCCAGCAGCCCGGGCCUCAGUGCCCUUCUGCUCACCUCCUUGUUCCUCUGUAGCCUUAGCUCCCUUCUGUUCCUUGGUCGCCGAAGCCGAUUUGAUUGCCAACUUCGCCAGGUGGCCUUCAGCUUUACCUUUACCGUGGCAGUCUCCUGUGUGCUGGCUAGGACAGCUGUUGUCCUCAUGGCCUUCCGAGCAGUCCAGCCAGCCAGCUUCCUUCAGAUGUGUCUGGGGCCUGGUCUGCCUUGGGCUAUGGUUGCAGGGCCCUUUGUGGUCCAGGCUUGUAUCUGUAUUGUCUGGUUAUGGGCUGCCCACGAUGACCGGAACACAUCAUUGGCCCCCAACACAGCCCCUCCUGAGUGUCGUGAGGCCUUGUCUCCUGGUUUCUGGGUCAUCAUGGGCCUCCUGGCUUUGGCUGGCUUUGUGCUGGCCUUGCUGACACGCCAGCUUCCUGGAGGCUUUUGUGAAGCCCACCUUCUUACCCUCAGCAUGGCCAUCUGCGUGAGUGUCUGGCUGGCCUCCCUGCCUGCCCAGAUCCACAGCAGGGGCCGGGCAGUGGCAGCAGCUGUCCAGGCCUUCAGCAUCCUGACCUCCAACGCUGCUCUAUUGGGCUUCAUCUUCCUUCCCAGAUGUUUCAUCAUCUUGCUCCGGCCCCACAGGAACAACAGGGCUUGGCUCAUGGGGAGGCCACCAGCCAGGCUUCAGUCAAGAGGCCGCUGCUUGGAAUGA